CUAUUAUUAAUUUAUGCAUUACUGUCAUCAUUACCGAACACAAUGGAUAAACUCAUACACAUACAUUCUAAUUUGUUAGUUGUGUCUGUCUGUUUAUCCAUCAAUCUAUCUAUCUAUCUAUUUACUUAUUCAUCCAUUCAUCAUUAGAUCCACGUGCCCGUUUACCUUAUUAAAUCAAAAGAAGAAAAAAAAAGAUAACAAUUUUAAAUAACUUCAGUGAAGUAGUCGAAGUGUUCAAUUGGAAUUAUAUCAUGAGUAAUCAUCAGGAUAAUGCAAAAAUCAAAUCAACCGAUAUGCCAGAAUCUAUGCAAUCUAUAGCUGUUGAUUGUUGUGCAGCAGCAUGUGAACGUUUUACAGAUGAUAGAGAUAUAGCUAAAUAUAUUAAACAAGAAUUUGAUAAACGUUAUGGUGGAACAUGGCAAUGUGUAGUUGGAAAACGUUUUGGUUGUUACGUUUCACAUACAGAAAACUGCUUUAUUUAUUUUCAUCUGUACUUAAAUGCAGUACUAUUAUUCCAAGCAGUUCCAUAAGAACCUCAACUUCAAUAAUAAGAACAAUGAUAAUCCAGCUGAAACCAGAAAAUAUCCAAUUUAUGAUUUUAUCCACAGUUAGAUGUUUGUCUACAGACAGUUAAUAACUAUUCAAUUGUUAAUGUGUGAAACAAAAGUCUCAUCUAAUCACAAUUACAGUUUACUUGUUUUUUUGAAUUGUUGACGCCCAUUUUAGUUUUAUAAAUUACUUUUAUAGUGUAUAAAGACUUGUAGCCACUGAAACGUCAUCGCAUAUACACAAGUGCAUACUUCUAAACGGACAGUUUGUUGUCUCAUUAUCGUCAUUUGACUUGUAAAUCCACUUUCAUUUUUUUUAGAAACUCACUUUAGUCUUGGGAGGUUAGCCUUUAAUGUUCUUCUACUUAUAAAAAGCGGUCGGUAAUAUCUAAUAGACGACCCCAUAUAUAAAUGAUUACGUAAUCACGUCUGACACUUAUUAUCCAAUGUUUUCUUUUUUUCCUAUUACUUCUAUUUAUCAAUCAAUAAUUAAUUUGUCCUUUAAGACGAUUUCUUCAAGUUGUACUAGUGUCUCAGUACAAUUUUGUUGCUGUUUUCUUACUGACUCAUCUCUUUUGUUUUUACCUCUAUUGGGAUUAGUAAUGAAAAAAAAUGUCUAUAUAUACAUAUAUACUGUGAGAAAAAAUACAUGUUGGUAACUGUUUAUAUAUGGAUACAUUCUCAUUGAUUGUGAUAUAUUUCCUUCUCAUUUUAUAUUCAUAAAAAUCUCACUUGAUAACUGAACUAUUGUGUCUUGUAUUUAGUUUCACCUGUUAUAUCGUUUGCUAUUGGGUUAAAUAAGUUGACUUAUUGUAUUAUAAUCACUAGUGAACUAUUGUAUUAUUUAUGAGAUAACUGUUUUAUUACAAUCGAACUGUGAUAAUUCACAUGUAAUAAAAUGUUAUUUCGGCCA